CACACAAACAUCUAACGUUAGAGAUGAAGAUUUUUCUCCAGGAUCCAGUUCAGUUGAUCAGAAGAGAUCAGAACCAGAGCCCAGCUGUGUGUCUAUGAGGAGUGACAGGUCUAUGGAUCCGCCAGUACAUUUUAAGAGUGGAGAUACCAAGACUGUUUGCAGUUCAGUUGAUCAGAAGAGAUCAGAACCAGAGCCCAGCUGUGUGUCUAUGAGGAGUGACGCGUCUAUGGAUCCGCCAGUAAAUUUUAAGAGUGGAGAUACCAAGACUGUUUGCAGUUCAGUUCAUCAGAAGAGAUCAGAACCAGAGCCCAGCUGUGUGUCUAUGAGGAGUGACGCAUCUGGUCAUAUAAUAGAGUUUAAGAGUGGAGAUAAACAGACUGAUCUCUGCCAUGAAGUCCUCAACACUUUUAGAUCAAAUCUGAUGAAGAAGUUUGAGUGUCUGUAUGAAGGAACAGCAAAGCAGGGAAACCCAACACUCCUGAAUGAGAUCUACACAGAGCUCUACAUCACAGAGAGUGAGAGUGGAGAGAUCAGUAAUGAACAUGAGGUGAGACAGAUUGAGACACAAUCCAGAAGAGCAGCAACAGAGGACACACCGAUCAAAUGCAAUGACAUCUUUAGACCUUUACCUGGACAAGACAAACCCAUCAGAACUGUGCUGACGAAGGGAGUCGCUGGCAUUGGAAAAACAGUCUCUGUGCAGAAGUAUCUUCUUCAUGUCUUUUUUCCUGAAACAAAAAAAAUGGAAAUAUCCUUUGACAAAUAUAAAAAGUUGUUCAUCUUUGAUGGUCUGGACGAGUGUCGUCUGUCUCUGGAUUUUCAGAGCAAUGUGAGGUUGUGUGAUGUAAGUGAAUCAGCCUCAGUGGACGAGCUGCUGACGAACCUCAUUGUGGGGAAUCUGCUUCCCUCUGCUCUCAUCUGGAUCACCUCCAGACCAGCAGCAGCCGAUCUCGUCCCCUCUGAGUGUGUCCAUCGAGUGACAGAGGUACGAGGCUUCAAUGAUCCACAGAAGGAGGAAUACUUCAGGAAGAGAGUUAGUGAUCAGAGUCUGGCCAAUACAAUCAUCACACACCUGAAGUCCUCAAGGAGCCUCUACAUCAUGUGCCACAUCCCAGUGUUCUGCUGGAUCUCAGCCACUGUUCUGGAGAAGAUGAUGAGCGAAGCAGAGAGAGGAGAGAUUCCCAAGACUCUCACUCAGAUGUACACACACUUCCUGAUCCUUCAGACCAACAUCAAACAUGAGAAGGACUAUGAGAAGAAGGUGACAGAUGAAGACAUGAUCCUAAAACUGGGGAAAGUGGCUUUUCAGCAGCUUGUGAAAGGCAAUGUGAUCUUCUACGAGGAAGACCACACCUGUGGCAUUGAUGUGACAGAAGCAUCAGUGUACUCAGGGUUGUGCACUCAGAUCUUCAGAGAGGAGUUUGGCUGGUAUCAGGGGAAAGUCUUCUGCUUUGUUCAUUUGAGCGUUCAGGAACAUCUAGCCGCUCUAUAUGCCCACCUCUCCUUUACAAACAACAACAUAUAUGUGUUUGAAUCAAUCACUAAACAGAGUUUUGUGCCUCAAAUGAAUGGUUGGUUUAUUUCAUUAUCUCCUCUGCAUCAGAGAGCUGUGAAUGAGGCGCUAAAGAGUAAAAAUGGGCAUCUGGACCUUUUCCUGCGGUUCCUUCUGGGUCUGUCAGUGGAGUCUCAUCAUAUUCUCCUUCAAAGACUAAUGAAACAGACAAGCAGAUCUGACAGCAAUGAGGAAACAGUUGAGUACAUCAAGAAGAAGAUCAGGACCAUUGAUUCUCCAGAGAAAUCCAUCAAUCUGUUCCACUGUCUGAAUGAACUGGGUGAUCAUUCACUAGUGGAGGAAAUAAAACAGUAUCUGAAAUCUGGAACAAUAAAGGAAGCCAAACUCUCUUCAUCUCAGUGGUCAGCUGUAGUCUUUGUGUUGUUGACAUCAGAGGAGAAGCUGGAUGAGUUUGAUCUCAGGAAGUUUGUUGGAGGAAACAAUAAAGCUGCUGAAGAUAUGAAAGUUUUUCAAAAGCUGCUUUCUGUGAUUAAAAAAUCCAGAUCAGUUCAGUAAGUGUCGCUGAGAACAAUCAAUUUACUGUUAAAACAUUACGAAAAUAAAAGUUCAUAAAUCUCCCGUGCUGCAGAUGCUGUCUAGAGUUUAGUGGUUUUUAAACCAUUUUUAAACCAAUGACAUUGUGGAAUAAGGAAAUAUUAUUUAUCUUAUUGUGGCGUCACAGAUGAAGGUUUUGCUGCUCUGGCUUCAGCUCUGAGAUCAAACCCAUCACACCUGAGAGUACUGGAUCUGUCAUGGGAUAAAAUAGGAAAUUCAGUGAAGCUUCUCUCUCCUGUACUGAAGGAUCCCCGCUGUAAGCUGGAGAUACUGAGGUUGCAUGAUUGUGGCGUCACAGAUGAAGGUUUUGCUGCUCUGGCUUCAGCUCUGAGAUCAAACCCCUCACACCUGAGAGAUAUGGAUCUGUCAUGGAAUAAUAUAGGAAAUUCAGUCAUACUGCUCUCUGCUGUACUGGAGGAUCCUCACUGUAAAUUGGAGAUACUGUGGUUGGUUGAUUGUGGCAUUACAGAUGAAGGUAGUGUUGCUCUGACUUCAGCUCUGAGAUCAAACCCUGGACACAUGAGAAAUCUAAAUCUGUCUAAGAAUAAAAUAGAACAAUCAGGACGGAAGUUGCUCUCUGAUCUAAAAGAUGAUCCACGUUUUAAACUGGAGCUACUGUACUACUCUGUCCUGCGUGGCCACACUAGGCCCCAGGGCGCAGGCCUUGUGCUUAUUCAGGAGAGAGGGGACUCUCUCAACCACAACAGAAUCAAGGACAACAUCAGGAGUUUGGCACAACUUCUUCAUUCAAUGCAGUCCAUUGCAACUCCAACCAUCAACUCUUCCAACUUCCUCCCUUCUCCUGACUCUCAGUAUUUAGACGUCAGUCCAGUUUCCUCAGGAUCAGCUGAUGGUGAAUAA